AUGUCCGACCUAUCGCCUCGGGGCGUUCGAUUCUCUGCCGCCGCCAAUGUAGACGACUCUGUCAACCCCGAGGCCCUCCACAGCAACAACGCCAACUCCCUACCUCCCAGGAAGCUGGUAGAGCGACCUGGGCACAUCUCCCUCCCGUCGCAAAACGGCUCCGACCUACAUCGCAUGGACCAUCCUGACGAUGUCGCAAUAUAUUACACGGACAGUGUGGCCGUCAACGGCGGCGGCGGGCUGGUAGCAUCAUCCCUGCCUCCUCCGUCCGUAAAUGGCGGGGGUGGUACCGUCAUAAAAAGGCAGCGCAGCGUGUCAUCGGCCGCAGCAGCAGCAGCAGCGGCGGCGGCCGCCGCCGCCGCCACAAAUGGUGCCAACAACGGCACGACCUCAGAAGACGGUUAUCCCAAUGGCGCACGGCCUCAACGUCCCUUGGGCCCCAUGAGGACCCCUUCCAGCACAUACAACCCCGCCACAUCGCGAAAGCCGGGCAUCAUCCAGCCCACCGCCCCCUUUGCCGAGUCGAUACGUUCCUCGUCCAAGACGCGCGUGCGACAGACUGAGAGCCGCUUUCGUGCCCAGGAGCGCGCCUACGUCCAGAAGCUCCGCCAGGAUAAUAACGGCGAGUACUUUGCCUCGUAUCAGAAUGUCAACGGCAACGACUCGGACUCGGAAGGUGAGACCCCUUCGUCAGAGGGCCCAUUUGAGGACCGCUUCGACCAGGAGACCAUCAUGUUCUACGGAAACGACAACCAGCAGCCCACAGACGAGGACCUGGCCGAUGCCCAGAGUCGAGAGCGCCUCGAGUGGCACGGUAUGCUCGAGACCGUCCUGACGGGUGACGUUGUCCGCCAGGAGAAGAAGCGCCUCAUCGGUUCCUCAGACCAGCAGGCCGGCAAGUCAGCUUACCGCUCGGAGCUGUGGCUGGGCAUCCGCUCCAAGGUAUGCGGCAGGCAUUUGCCCGUCCAGCGCCGCAUGGUUGAGGAGGCACGCUCAACCCUCAACAGCACCAUCGACGAUAUCAUCAACUUCUCCGUCAAGGGAGAGUCCGAGGUCGGUAAACCCCCUCACGAGCAGGUCAAGGACAUUGUUGCCAAAAUUGAGCGCUGCGAGGGCCUCUACCCCUCGUGGAAGACUCUCAUGACUGAGCACAAGUCGGCUGCCUCAACAUUAUUCCAGGAGGCCCACGACUCCAUCGUAUCCUGGUACAACACGAACGAAAUGAUCAACACGGAGCUUGCCAUUCUCAAGAAGUGGGUCGGUAACGACGAUCUCGACUUCCAUCGGACCAAGCAGCGCUCCCCCGCCGUCAACGGCAUCAACAACGACGAAACCUUCCUUGACCGCCUCAUGAAGGAGGACGGUCUACGCUCCCUCUACUACGACACAAAAGACGACGAGAAGAAGGGCAUGUUGCGCCCCAUCUCGUCCAUCAUCCAAAAGGCCAAGGACACCCUCAUCCGCAACUCAGCCACCUUCCAGAAGCGUCACCUACCCCCUUACCUGGAGGAACUCCUCACCCUCAUCAGCUUCCCCUCGCGCCUCAUUGAGGAGAUCACCCGCACUCGCCUGGCCUAUGCCCGCCGCGUUAAGGAGACGGCCCAGCAGAACCCGCUCAUGCAGGAUCAGAUGAUCUCGCAGUUCCAGCUGCUUCUCAAGUUCGCCAUCCAGAUCAAGGAGGAGUUCCUGACAAUUGCCAACCCCGAGCCGGGUUGGGAGCUACCCCCCUUCAUCGACGAGUCUUUUGACCAGGUCGUCCUCGAGGCCCUCAAGUACUACUUCAAGAUGCUGAACUGGAAGCUCAGCGGCAAUAAGAACACCUUCAAAGAGGCCGAACUGCUCUUCCAGGAGUGGGACUUUGCCAACGAGAUCGGCAGCCACCUGCUGCGCGGCCACAUCGAGGUGGCCGAACAAUUUAGCUCUCUGACCUUCAAGGCUCUCAACCGCCUCAGCCAGACCUUUGAGAAGGAGCUGCAGGUGAAGCCUCGCGAGAGCCCGGCCGAGAUGAGCAAGCGCUACAAGGCCUGCCUCGACUCGGUUCGUAUCCGUCAACGCAUGCUGCAGCGCUUCUCCCGCAUGCUCAGCGACAAUUACGAGCACGCCUGUGACUUCAACGUGUCCUUCUCGCCCGAGCGCAUGCGCAAGUUCUACGACCAGCUGGCUGCCACGGGCCACUUCCAGGUCGAGACGACCAUAUUCGAGCAGGAUGGCCUGUACGUCAUCGCGUCGCCCGAUCUUCGUUCCCGUCUCGAGGACAUCCAGGCCAUCAUGGCCAUCACGUCCAAGGAGCGCUUCCCCGAGGACAUGUGCGAGCAGUACAUCCUCAUCGUGCGGCCCGAGGACACGUUCAACUGGUUCGCCGAGUCCGUCACGGUACCGCUCCGGGAUCAGAUCAUCGAUCUCAAACGUGGCCAGGCACGCCUUUGCACCGUGGGGUCGUGGGCCCUGCCCGACGCCAGGAGGGCCUUCCUUGCUGCCGUCGACAUGCACGUCGACCUGGUGCAGGAGUCGCGGCCCAACAUCCACAAGGUGAACACGCGCCUGAUGGAGAUCCGGAGGGUGGCGUACAAACUUUCCAACACAUUCAUGGACAGCGUGGAGACGAUCCGGAGACAGACCGAGGGCAAGGACUGCCAGGAACUCAUCCAGACGUGCUUCAUCUUCGCUACUGAGUUCGGUCAGCGCUCGCUCCUGUACAUGGACAGCAACAGGCGGCAGAUGAACAACCUCAAGCUCACCAAGCUGGCGCUCGACUGGGUCAGCUUCAUCUGCGACGACUGCAUGGCGUCGGACCGCAAGACGUUUCGAUGGGCCGUGCUGGCGCUCGAGUUCGCCAUGGGCAUGACGCGCGGGCGGCACAUUUUGGCGCUGGGCGAGGACGAGUACGCCACGCUGCGGGAUAAGGUGGCCGGGUGCAUGUCGCUACUCAUCUCGCACUUUGAUAUCAUGGGCGCGCGAUCUAACCUGGCGGCCCAGGCCGAGCGAGAACGGAUCGAGGCGCUUAAUUAG